AUGAGCAGAACACGGGAACCAUCCGUCACGUACUUCGACCCCAAUGGCGACACACGGCUCCUUCUCAAACAGGCCAACGGCAGUCCCGAUAAGAAAACCUUUGUCGUUUCGUAUAAGACCAUGUGUCUUGUCUGCGACUCAUGGGACCGAAUUCUCAACCCGACUGGAUAUUCCAGAGAAACAAGGCACGGCCACACGAUCUCGCUUCCCCACGACGAUUGGAAAGCACUGGAGAUCAUCCUGAACAUCGCGCACCUGCAAUUCGACUUAGUGCCGCGCAAAAUCGACUUCCACCUCUUACUCGAGGUGGCCGUCCUGACUGAAAAGUACGGCGCAACAAAGAUUGUGCGGCCUUGGUACCGAAAGUGGAUGAAGCAUAACAGAAAGCUUGGCACCGAACCCGGUCAUGAAGAGUGGCUCUGGAUCACCUGGGCGUUCGGGGAGGACCAGAAGUUCGAGAAGCUCACGAUGAAGCUCGUGCUAGAGCUGGAAAAGCUGCCGGAUGGUCGAUUCGCACGCACGUCAGAGGUAGUGCUGGACCCCAACGAUCCGGAACGCCAUUUCCCGCCAGAGAGCAUCUUUGAGACUCGGGAAUGGAUCAUCAACUACCUUUUGCGAGAAGUUGACAACGAACUGUGCAAGUAUUCCGAUGCAAUAUCAGAGGUCAAAGCAGAGUCCAGCACAGCGGCUUCAGACUUUCAAGACCAGGACAACGAAGAAGAGGAGGAUGAAUCGGAGGAAAGUGGCCGUCGAAUUCUAUACACGAUCAAGGGCGAGGAUGGCGAAGAUCAUGAACUGACGGAGGAAUACGAUGAGGAAGGCUAA